UGUCUGUAAUUAGUAAAUCAAGCCAGGGUGAGGAUUUGGGCAGGCAGAGUUGCUGCAAAAGAAGUCAAGAGUGGCAAAUGCUUUCAGAAACUGUUUUUUUCCAUGAAGCUUAUGCUGACAUAGCUGCAGGGAUGUGUGUGCCUCUGGUGGUUUUUCUCAGCUCCGUUGUGCUUCGCUCUGUGUCAGCUGGAGGUGUAUAUUGUGCUAAAACAGCAAGAGCCCGUGCAGCUGCUUUGGGUUUGGAUUAUCCUGGAGUCCAUGGAGCUCCUGAUCUCCUUGGACCAGCUCAUCAUGGGAUGCACACAGACACAAUGCCAUUCAGCCCUCAGUCUUACAAUAGCAAUGACCUAGAACUGGCUGAGACUGAAUCACGUCUCAUCACGUCCUCCAGACAAAACCAACCUGGAAUGAGAUCCCUGGACGACAGAAGACGUAAACAAGCUCACCCCAGGGUUUCAGAAUCUACAUUUCUACUGCACCAUGGCCCUUACAAUCCAGUUCAAAGUGAAUACACCACCCACCGAGUGCUGAGACUUCCCAGGGGACAAUCAGUUAUUAACCGCAAGUCCAAUUUUGAGGAGGUCAAGCAUGUUGCCCCUCCAACUCUGACUGAAGCCGCAGGCCAGUCUGACCUUGUGAAUUGGAAUCCUCAAGGUCGCAACAAACCACUCUCAUUUGUCCACAAUGAGCAUGACCUUGUUGUUGAUGAGUCUGUCCCAAAUAGACGUGGCGUGUCUCUGAGUGGGCUCCCCCUGCCCCAAAGCAAGGGUCAUGGCAUUUACCAGAGGGGUCUAUCUGGUUAUGGUCUGGGAAAUGGAGUUCCUGUCCUUGGUUCAUCCGGCUUCACCAGCAAAGACAGCGUCGGAGCGAUGACUGGUCGAGGUCCUACUGUCAGGAGACUGAGAAGGAUCAGAUUGCCUGGCAGUCUUCCUCAGCCUCUGCACAGAAGCAUGAAUGUCAAACAGUUUGUUCAAGGUAACCCUGUUCUUAGACAUAUGACAAAACCAAAUCAGGUCCAGUUAGAAUAAGUCGGUGAGCUAAAGAGGUCUGACACAUAGCUUGGCUGUCUUGUCAAAUAGUGUCCCCGUGAGGAGUGCUUAAAGUUAACAGGCAAGCAUUUUGUGACAGAAAAACAUGAUUUCAGAGACUAUUGGUCUGUAACCUUUACUCAAAGAAGCAAUAUUGCAACUUAUCUCUGUACAACUUCUUGCAUUGCCACUUCCACACCUGUAGCACUAAAACAAGUUGCAUCAUACAAUAAACACAAAAUUACAGAUAAUAA